CCGCCUCCCGCCCCCGGCUUCCCCUGAUAACAAACCAGAAAUUGAAACAGGGUUGGGAUGCCCGGCUCGGAGUUAAAGAUGAGUCACUGCCUAGAACCCCUGCAGUAGCAGACAAGUGGCAGCAGAGAGGCAGACACAAACCCAGGGCGCAGAGGCGGGCAGCACAUCUGAGGGUCCCCGAGAAGCAUGGCAGGCAGCCAGGAGGAGGUGGUGGCUAUAGACUGCGAGAUGGUGGGGAUGGGGCCCCGCCAGGUGAGCGGCCUGGCUCGCUGCAGCAUCGUGAACCUCUAUGCCGUGCUGUAUGACAAGUUCAUCCGGCCCGAGGGGGACAUCACCAAUUACAGAACCCAGGUCAGCGGGGUCACACCACUGCACAUGGCGGGAGCCACACCGUUUGCGGAGGCCAAAUCUGAGAUCCUGCAGCUCCUGAAAGGCAAGCUGGUGGUGGGUCACGACCUGAAGCACGACUUUGAGGCGCUGAAGGAGGACAUGAACGACUAUAACAUCUAUGACACGUCCACUGACUUGGUGCUGUGGGCCGAAGCCGACCUGCUGCACUGCAAACGCGUGUCUCUGCGGGUGCUGAGCGAGCGUCUGCUGAACAAACACAUCCAGAACAAGCGGACUGGACACAGCUCGGUGGAAGACGCGAGGGCCACCAUGGAGCUCUACCGAAUCUCCCAGAGGAUUCGAGCCCUCCAAGGGCCGUCUGGCCUGGUCUUGUUGGGUUGAGGUCAUCCCAGCUCCUUCCUCAGGGACCAGAGGCUUUCACUGCUUCAAGACAGCAACACAGGCUGAAGGAGUGGCUCAAC